UCCACAUUCCACAUUCCACACACAAAUCUACCAUGAUGAUCCCGCGAUAGCCACACCAUGACGCUCCUGCAGCGCCUCACCUCCCCGCCCGCUCAAACCCUGCGCGUCCUCCAACCCACCCCCGCAACAAUCUCCUACACCGUCUCAACGCGCCCACCACGCACCACCGUCCCGGCCCUCCUAUCAUGGACGCUCAACCUCCUGACCCGACUCCUUCUCGGCCUCUGCGCCCUAUCCCUCCUCUGGACGAAACAGCGCCUGGCCGCCAACCACCCCGCCCCGCUCCCCGCCUGGCUCCUCAGCCCCAAAACGCGCACACGCGCCCUCGCCCUCCUCGCCACAACGCCCUGGCGCUACCUCGCCCCGCUCGCCCUGCUCGUCCUCGUGCUUGUCUGCCGCCGCCCGUAUACAGAGGAGUCGCUCACGCUGCUGCGUGGCCUCGGCGUCCAGACGUCGACUACGUCGGCCACGUAUUUGCAGACGCCUACCACGCGGUUUAUUCCGUCGACGCAGAUCCAGGAUAUCGUUAUACAUGAGGCGUUUAAGGGGUUUGAGAUACGGUUUUACCUUGCGAUUGUGGUGCAGGGGGAGCGGGAUGUGGUGGUUGUGUUUCCGGGGUUGUUGCCGAGGAGGCGGGUGUUGGAGGAGGGUAAGGAAUGA